CAGUCAUAAUUUGAAUUACGAACAGAAUUAAUAUGCUACAAUAACGAAAAUAAUGUAUUUCCAUUCCAGUUACAAUCUCAUUAGUGAAUCUUUACCAAAAUUAUCGCUCCUUUAAUUUGAAUAAUAAGAUAAAAUUUACCAUCUUGUUUUUUUAUCCUUCAAACCCCAAUUUUUAUUAGACAGGUUGAAUUAUGGUUGCUGGGUACUUUCGUACUCUUCUUCUGCCGCUCACCUAGUGUCCUCAUUUUCUCUCUCUUAUCUCCAUUUCCCCUCAUUUUUCUCUCUAAUCAUGCCUGCAAACAAGAGAAGAAGGAUCAAAUCGUUGUCGGCGGCCAUUAGAGAUGAUAGAAAGACUUCUAUUGUGGCGAAGCCAGAUACACUGGAGCUGACAUCAUGGUCUGAUCUUCCAGCUGAACUCUUGGAGUUGAUUCUCUCUCAGUUGACCCUUAGGGAGAACAUCCGUUUUUCUGCUGUUUGCAAGAGUUGGCAAUCAAUUGCUGUUUCUGUGCGCCUGGUGAACCAGCCCCCAUGGAUUAUGUAUUUUCCGAAAUUUGGGGAUCUUUAUGAAUUUUAUGACCCUCUCAGCCGCAAGACUUAUUCUAUUGAAUUACCAGAGUUAAGCGGAUCGAGAGUCUGUUACACAAAAGGUGGUUGGCUACUCUUAUACAGACCCAGAUCUCAUCGCCUUUUCUUUUUUAACCCUUUCUCCCGGGAGUUGAUUAAGUUGCCUAGAUUUGAAAUCACUUGCCAAAUUGUUGCUUUCUCUUGUGACCCAAAGUCCCCGAGCUGUGUUGUGUUUACAGUGAAGCAUGUUAGCCCUACAGUUGUUGCUAUUAGCACUUGUUAUCCAGGAGCAACAGAAUGGACAACCGCCAAUUACCAAAAUCGCCUGCCUUUUGUCAGUAGUAUUUGGAACAAAUUGGUUUUCUCCGAUGGGCAAUUUUAUUGUCUUAGCCUAACUGGGUGGCUUGGGGUUUUUGAUCCGAAAGAGCUUACCUGGAAUGUUCUGGUGGUGCCUCCUCCAAGGUGUCCUGAGAACUUUUUCACAAAAAACUGGUGGAAAGGUAAGUUUCUGGCAGAACAUAAUGGUGAUAUUUUGGUGAUCUACACCUGCUGUAGUGAUUACCCCAUCAUAUUUAAACUUGAUCAGACAAAUAUGGUAUGGGAAGAAGUAAAAACCUUAGAUGGGAUUACUCUGUUUGCAAGCUUUCUUUCAUCGCAUUCAAGAACAGAUCUGCCUGGAAUAAUGCGGAACAGUGUUUAUUUUUCUAAAGUUCGUUUCUAUGGAAAACGAUGCAUAUCAUUUUCCCUGAAAGACUGUAGAUACUAUCCUCGCAAGCAAUUCCAUGACUGGGGAGAGCAGGAUCCAUUUGAGAGCAUUUGGAUCGACCCGCCCCAUGAUCUUUCUAUCUUCAUGUGAUUUAUGACAAUCCUGUAAAAUUAUGUUGACCUGAAAAUUUGCGUCACUCACCUCAAUGAUAAUAAGGAGCAACUGUAAGAGAAUUCAGAGCCCCUGGAUGGGAAUAAAGGAGUGUUGGACAGCAGUAGAUGUUUUAACAGUGAAUAAUUUUUGUGAAGUGAGUGUUUUAGAAGAAUAAUCAUAGUAGAAACAUUAGCAAAGUUGACAUGGUUUUGUACAAAAUGUGGGAUGGUGUCUGUAUUAUUAGUUAUUUGGAGGACUGGGAUACAUUUGUUUAGUGUUUUUUAAUCGAUUUAGAAGCAAAGUGGUGCCAAACUUUGGUAAUGAUCAAGUAUGUAUGUAUGUAUGUAUGUAGUCUAUUGUUUUAAAUCACAUAGUGAAUAAAUUGUUCCGUAUUAUUUAUGCGAAAAUGUAGUUUAUUCCUAGUGGA